GUCAGCUCAGGGGUGUGAUCCAGCCCCUCAGGUUGGUUCACUCCGUCCGUCGACCGAUAGCCAAGCAGCAUGGAGAUCGCAGCGCUGUGCGCCAUCGUCGCCUCUGUGAGGGUCAUUCCCAGCAGCACCCAGUUCUUUCAGUAUGAGUCUCUCACACUGAGCUGUGGGGACUCCUCUGAAUGGAAAGUUAAGAGGAGCACAUCCACACAAAGCAACAAAGAGUGUUCCGUGUGGGGGACAAGAAACGAGUCCCUGUGUUUCAUUUAUGACCUUUACCCAGAAGAUACAGGAGUGUACUGGUGUGAGUCUGGAGCUGGAGAGUGCAUCAACGCCAUCAACAUCACUGUGACCACCGGCUCGGUGAUCCUGGAGAGUCCUGUACUUCCUGUGCCGGAGGGAGAAGCCGUGACUCUGCGCUGCAGAAGCAAGGCGGCCUUAACCUCCAAUCUCACGUCUGAAUUUUAUAAAGAUGGCCUCCCCAUCGGCAGCAGCUCCACAGGAAACAUGACCAUCCUCAGUGUUUCCAAGUCUGAUGAAGGUCUCUACAAGUGUAACAUCUCUGGAGCUGGGCAAUCAAAAAACAGCUGGCUGGCUGUGAGAGCUGGGCAUCCUGAGUCUUUUCACUCAUCUCUUGCACACAUUCGACUUCCUGUGGUGGGUGUCUGCGUCUUGCUGGCCUUGGUUUCUCUGUGCCUCUGGAGGAUCUACAAAGGUAAAAGCAGCUCGGAUUUGUCUUACACUGAUGUCAUCAUCACACAGGAAGUGCCGCCGAAGAGGGACAGAGGUAACACGCACAGAAACACGAACAUCGAUAAAGACCGCUGCCGAAAAAUAAUUAGCAAUAUAUAUAUAUAAUAUAAUAUAUAACGAAUGUAAGAAAAGUAUGUAUCCAGACAGAAAUGGACUAAUAUUUUGAACUACAGAUGAAAUAGCUGCAGAUACGUCUAAAGUUUCCGAAACUACACCAACGCUUCUUCUCAUAAACAUGUGAAGUUAACCUUCACGGUGUGUGUGAUCAGCCAACACCAAACAUUGAGUAAUCAGUCAUUCUUCUUCGACCAUAUAGGUCAUCCGAGUCAAUUAUUAUGACACAGUUUUGAAAUAGUACAGUGGACAUGUUCACUGACUUGGACACGGGAGGUCGGGGGUUCAAACCAGUCAGGGAUCAUCCAACCAAGCAAUCCCAAAGAGAGGGGAUACAUGCAGGGAAUGUUGGAGCAUUGGAUACCUUGAAACCCACAAUCAAGGCUAACAAAGACACAACUAUUAGCCCAGUGUUCCAACAUCUGUAAUAGUAAUCUACUAUCACAACUAAAGAUUAAUGAGAUACAACAACAAUGCUAGGAGCCAGAUGACAGGUUGGUGGGGGGAUGUCAUCAUCAUCACCUCCACAGCAGUUAGUAUCUGUUGGGUACCAAGCCCCUACAGAUACCAACUGCCUCAACACAAGAGCUUACUGGAACACUUACAAUACUGUAGCUUGUUGUUGACAACUUGCAUGUGUGUCUUCCUCAGAAAUGGAUGACGUAGCUUGACGUUUGACGUUUGAUUGUUGAGUUAAAAACUCAACAAUCAAACCAGGAGCCACCUGAGAGGAAACAACACAGCCAGUGUUUACAUCGAUUUUCUACGUCAUUUUCUGUAUUAAAAUGUCUCAUUGUCAAAUAAACAGCUUUCUUGUUUGCUUGGCUGCUUAGAUCCCUUUAGCUAAUGUAACAGUCGCUACUCUUCAUCAGUAUUUUGAACAAUGCUUCAAUAACAGGAACUACAUCAAUACACACAUCCUGUAACCUUCACAUCAAGCAACACCAGCUCAAAGUCUGGCUAACACUUAGCUCUAUAACAAUUUCAUCCUCUGUAAUUGAGAAAAGAAAUCUCUCAUCUACAAAAUAACCACUAAAUACUAAAUUAUCAAACACUCACCUGAGCAUUUUCUGAACCUCAACAUUAUUUGUCUCACCUGUGCACACUUUGUGGCGGUUGGUGUUUCCGGUGCUUUUAUUUUUACGUUCCACUUCCUGUGUUGCUGUGUGUGUGCGCUAACUUUACUCUUAUUUUUUGAGGCUCCCUUCCCCCCUGCUGCGUCGAGGAGUGAUUGGUCACACCUGGAUUCACUUCCGACUCAAGAUUCCUAUUUAUACUCUGCGGAGACCCUCCUCGACGCCAGAGUAUACUACUUCGUUCCGUAGUGCCAGUGGCUUCAUGUCUCUCCAGUGGUAAAACUUGUUGAGAUUUCGCUUGUGAACUUUCCGUGUGGAAUAACCCUGUCUCUCUUUUGUUUUUUCUUCCAGUGCCUCCCGCGCCCACACAGCCCAGCACUCUCUGAAGCCCUUUUUGAGUUUGUUUGGAUCACGUGUCUCAUUGCCUGACCCUUUGAUUUCCCCGUUUGUUAAAAUAAACUUUGU